AUGACUAGCACGCCUACCAGCAUCUCUGCCAGCACCUCUACUACCGCAUCCACCAGCGCCAACGCCUCUGGCGAGGAAGAUUCACCGGCGGGUGUCCCUGCAGGAGCUAUAGCUGGCGGUGUUGUUGGCGGUGUCGCCGCAAUUGCACUUGUGGUUGUCGGAAUAUACUUCUUGAAGAAGAAGAAAAAGGUGGACCCGGAAGAGCAGCCUUCAACAGAAGUUCCUUGA